AUGGCAAAGACUAGCGUGAUCCACUACUCUCCGCCUGGAUCAAUUCGAACUAAUCCGCCAUCAUCAAUCAAUUCGCAAUCUGCCGACGAUUCGGUCAUCAUCAUCAAGAGGAAAUCGAAUAUUGUAUUGGACGACGAGAACUCCCUCGUAUCAACUCCAAUUAGUCCGUACGAUGAGACAAUGACGCCGUCAACGGAACGCCGCCACAGACCGAAGCAUAAAAAACGAGCAGCGCCGCCGCCGCCGCCACACGCGCCAAAACCGGAAGGUUCGAUGCCGACGCAUUCCCAUGGGCGAGUAGAUAGUGCCGAUGAGAGAUUUGAGAAGUUGAAGAAUAUGUUUGAUGAAUGGCAGGCAUGUCGACUCGAAGAACUUGGAUCGAUCAGAGAACGCGAAUUGCAUGCGCUGGUCAUUCGGGAGCAUCGGGAGCUCAGAAGCAUUCUUGACAAAGAAGAUGGUGUUCAAGGAAGUUCGACAACAACUAUACGAAUUACCCCAAACGACAAUGCGACAUCAGUAGCUUCGAGAGCAUUCGUCCGACCGUCUCCUGUGUCGCCACCGCCUGUGCAAAAAAAUCGCAUUUAUGCUCCGCUGAAACCUGUGGCACCGGAACGAUCUAGAAGUAUCGAUGAAAAUCGAAAUGUUGUGUCGAAAAAUAAAUUGAUCGACAAACAGGCGGCACUUGAUCGAAUCCAAAAAGAAGCUGUAGAGCAAAUAAGACGAGAACGGGAAUUGAAAGAAACGCAAAAGAACCAUGUUGAAUAUGUCGCGAUUCCGGUGAGAAUUCAAAAGAAGCCCGAACGAAUCUCCACCGAAAUUGUUUAUGGGCCCCGAUUGAACACGACGAGAGAAGAGCCGCGACGACGAAUUAUUGAAUAUCGACCGAUGCGAAAGUCGGAGAUUUAUGAUGAUGUUCCGCCGCCGAUUCCGUCGAAUCCGCCACCGAAAAUGGCGGAUCAUCAUCGAGAAAUGAGGAUGACGUCAUCGCCUCUGACGAGACCAACAGCACUUCCACAGCGGCAAAUCUCGAUGCCCGAAUAUUCACGAUUGCCGAUUGUCUCGAAAUCGCCUGCUGUCAAUUUCAACAACAAUGUCAUUCCGAAUGGGGUGAAAUCGCCGAGAAUGCAAAGACAGAAGACAGUUACAUCGCCUGUGGAGACUCGAAGAACACCGAAACCACAACGGAUGACGUCUCCAGAGAUUCGAAGAGCUGAGAAUUUACCAGCGCCGAUUGGUCGAAGACCAGAGAGGAUCCAAGCAGAGCCUCAACAAAAAGAAAAUGGCUAUCGUCAAAUAUCUCCAGGUGUUAAGCAUUCAGAGACGAAACCAGCGAAUUCUCCGAAGCUUCAACGAGCCGACAAGAGCUCAACGCCCGUUUCUCCACAAAAACCUUCGCCGAUAGCACUAAAAUCCCCAGAAGCUCUACGAAAGAAGGAAGCGCAACCAUCUACUCCGAGUCCAUCGAAACCCGUCACUAACAUUGCCAUUCGUCCGCCGCCAUUGAAGAAAACAGUUUCAAAAGAAGAAAAUGCGACAAAGUCGGAACAAUUUAAAAUCUCCGAUAUUCUAAACGGCGCGAAAUUGCGCAAAGUUGGAAUGCCCGUUGAAAAAUCCGGAAUCUCAUUGGGAAAAGUUGUCGAUGGUCCGGCAGUUUCUCCUGCUCAACAAACGAAUGGAACAUCCUCCUCAGUUCCUCCACCGCCACCUCCACCUCCUCCUCCACCUCCACCAUUAGCUUCAUCCUCAUCGACAUCACUUUCGACUCCCGGUAAAGCACCCAUCAAUGGGGACAUUCGAGAUAAUUUAAUGCAUGAAAUUCGUGAGGCUGGACGACUUCGGGCAGCACGAGCAUCGCAGACUGCUUGA